AUGGACAGCAGCAGCGAGCAGCUGGGCGGGGCCGAGGACGAGGCGGCCUGCACGUCAGCCUCCGAGGGUUUGGAGGAGGGGGAGGUAGAGGGGGAGACGCUGCUGAUCGUGGAGUCGGAGGAUCAGGGGUCAGUGGAUCUGUCACAUGACCAGAGCGGAGACUCUCUGACCAGCGACGUGGGCGAGGAGGCCGACGGGGGCUGGGCCUGCGAGGACAUGUCCUUCUACUGCGACCGCUGCCACAGGUGGAUACCUGCAGCUCAGCUCCGUGGUGAACAGCCCAGCUACCUGAAGGGAGACAACUUCUUCAAAUUCAUCUGCUCCGACUGUUCAGAGGACGGAAAGGAAAGCUUCGAGAGGAUGAGACUCACCUGGCAGCAGGUUGUGAUGUUGGCCAUGUACAACUUGUCUCUGGAGGGAACCGGUCGUCAGGGUUACUUCAGGUGGAAGGAGGACAUCUGUGCCUUUAUUGGUCGACACUGGAACUUCCUGUUGGGAACCAGGAAGAAGACGUCGACCUGGUGGAGCACGGUGGCCGGCUGUCUGUCGGUCGGCAGUCCCACCUUCUUCCGCUCAGGUGCGCAGGAGUUCGGAGAACCCGGCUGGUGGAAGCUGGUGCAGAACAGACCUCCGACCCUGAGACCAGAGGUGGACAAGUCCACCACCAAGACGAAAGCCUCCAAACCCGCCAUGGACCCGAUCAUCACCGUGGAGGGUCUGAGGAAGCGCGGCGCCAGAAACCCCGUGGAGAACGCCAUGCAGCUGAAGGAGAAGCGCUCUCGCACACAGGAGGCUAAAGACAUCCGGCGGGCGCAGAAGGAGGCGGUGGGCGGCUACACUGACCGCAGUGCCUCCUCCACACCCGUCAAACUGGGCGGAGGUCGCAGCGGGACCGCCGGGCGCCGCCCUGACCUUGUCCUGGAGAAAGGUGAGGUCAUUGAUUUCUCAUCCCUCAGCUCUUCAGACCGUACGCCGCUCACCAGCCCGUCGCCGUCGCCUUCACCCGACUUCUCCGCCCCGGGGACGCCGGCGUCUCACUCAGCUACACCCAGCCUGCUUUCAGAGGCGGACCUCAUCCCUGACGCCAUGCCGCCCCAGGCGCUGUUCCACGACGACGAGGAGAUGGAGACGGAAGGGAUGAUCGACCCAGGGAUGGAAUACAUCCCUCCUCCCAGCGCCACCCUUGUUGCCCGUAAGAAGCUCCGCCCACUACCACCUCACAUCAAGCGUGAAGCAGAGAGCGAGGACGACGAAGGACGCGAGCGAGAGGACGACUUCGAGGAGUCAGUGGGUCGGAGUGACGGUCCGUCUCUCUCUGCGGGGGGGUGUGUUGGCGCCGGAGGGCCCGAGCGGAGGAGGAUAACUCACCCUGAGAAAGCCGACGGAGGCGUCUCCCAGAGUCCUCGCCACGCCCCCCUCACUCUGUACGAGGAGAGGAUGCUGCUGCGCCGGCUGGACGCCUGCCCGCUCGCCUUAGCCGUCACGCCGCAGGCCAAACGCCUCCACAGGAAGCUGCUGGUCCGCCAGGCCAAGAGGCAAAGAGGGCUCCCCCUGCUGGACAUCGACCGGGCCGUCAGCGCCACCCUCAGUCUGGUGGGAGGGAUCUACGGUGCACAGGAGGUGGGGGCACUGCUGGGAGGCGGAGUCAUGGGGAAAUACUGCACCAACAGCCAGGAGCUGCGUAUUCUCGAUCGAUUCCAGACCAACCUGUCCGGCAGGAGGGGGCGCCACCUGAACUCCGUGUCCUUCUGGCAUCGACUCAUGGGAGCAGAAGGAAGUCUGGACCAGAGCAUCAAGAGUCCGUACACGUCCCGCAUCCUCAAACCCUUCAUCAGGAGGGACUAUGAGAGUCGCCCGGUGAAGCUGCGGUUGCUGGCAGAGAUCAGGGCGUAUCCUCACAGGGCGGAGCCCAACUGGGUCCCUGAGGCCGACGCCCCCAUCGACUACUGCUACGUCCGCCCAAACCACAUCCCCUCCGUCAACGCCAUGUGUCACGACAGCUUCUGGCCAGGUGUGGACCUGUCCGAGUGUCUGCAGUACCCGGACUUCAGCGUGGUCGUCCUCUAUAAGAAGGUGGUGGUUGGCUUCGGUUUCAUGGUGCCGGACGUGAAGUACAACGAGGCGUACAUCUCCUUCCUGCUGGUGCACCCUGAGUGGAGGAGAGCUGGCAUCGGCACCUUCAUGAUCUACCACCUCAUCCAGACGUGUAUGGGGAAGGACGUGACGCUCCACGUGUCGGCCAGUAAUCCCGCCAUGCUGCUGUACCAGAAGUUUGGCUUCAAAGCCGAGGAGUACAUCCUGGACUUCUACGAUAAAUACUAUCCUGUUGACAGCGCCGAGUGCCGCCACUCUUUCUUCCUCCGGCUGAGGCGCUGAGACGACCACGCCGCGCCUUCGCCUCAUGUUUCAAAUGAACAGAACGAGGUCCAGGAGCGUGGGUCAGUGACGCUGCAGGAGACCAGGACCCGGCGGCUGCUGAUGGUGAUGAUGAUGUUUGAGGACCAGUAACUGUAAGAGACAGUAGAACAUGAGCGCCUGAUGAUGUCAUCAACUCUUCUUCUUCAGUUUCCGGUUGAACAUCGUGUGAAUGUUUGUGAGUUUAUUAACCCUCUGAGGUCUGAGGAGAGUUUCUCCAUUUCUACAUAAUUUCUUUGAAGCUUUUCUUUGAUGAAACAUGAUUGUGUUUAUCUCAGCUCUUCUUCUUGUCGCAGAGCGAAGAGAUCUUUGUUUCCAAAUGCUGAAAACUUGAAGCCUGGUUUUUGAAAUUCUUCAAACGAACCUUUUUUUACUGACGUGGACGAGUUUGUUGUGAGUUCACCGAAGUCUUAGGUUCAUAAAAACAGAAUCAAAGAUAAAUGGAUAAUAAAUGCCGAACGUGAAAGUCUGUGAUGUCACUGAGCUGUAGUUGUUGUCUGUCACUCGGACGUUUGAGGCCGUGAGUCACGUGACAUCUGAGAGUGAAAGUGGAGUCGUCGCCUCCCCUCCCCCCCAAGAGGGUUCAACUUCAUGUUUUCUCUGUGUCAUUCAGCAGUUUCUCCAAAGGGGGGGGGGGCAGCAGCUGGUGGUGUGAUGAACAGCCCCCCCUGCUGGUGAAGAGCUGCAGCUGCUUGUGUCUGAUUUUAAGGUUUUACAUGAAAAAGUGUCAAUUAAAAUAAAAUACAACAGAUACGA